AUGAGUCUACAGAACAACGUACUGAAGCAGAUACAGCAGGUGCUGCUACCCACCAGUCCCAAUAUCGAUGAGUCCAAUGCUGACAUGACAAAACAAGAAUCUUCGUCAACGGAAAAUGUAGAUGGCAAAGACCACUCCGCUACCCCACAGCAGGCCACAAAUCUGAGUGCUCCCUCCACCAAUUCCAAUGGCGAAUUCAUACCGCAUAUUUUCUAUUCAUUACACCAAAUAAGAAAGGAUCCAAACAACCUCUCGAAUCAGUUGGAAACUUCAACAGGUUCUAUCAGACAUCGUUUAAAGCUUUGCAAAUCUUUGAUAUCCGAACAUGAAGACACUAAAAAUUUACUGAGCAAAAGCCCAUCCGAGUGGGAAGAUUUCAUCCAGCAACGCGAGCAAGAAUUGCAAAUUAAGAGAAACGUUUUGGAUGAUUUGUAUCGCAAAUUACAACGAUAA